AUGAGUUCAGAUUCAGAUGAAGAUGCAAUAAUUUUCCGUCAAAAUGUUAAUGAUAAUGAGUUAGAUUCAUCAAGUUCAUCCUCGUCAUCAACUGAUGAAGAUGAUAGAUUACUACAAACUUUGAAGAGAACUUCAUACUCAAGUAGAAGAGUAACUAGAUCAUCACCGAUAAAGAAAUCCAAAUCUGUGCAAAUUCAAAAAUUUGACCUUGGUAGGAAUUUCGAUCCACAAUUAGCUAGUUCGUUGGACAGAAUCCAAAAUGUCAAAGAUGAGGUUGACAAUCCCUCGACUGUGACGACCGUUAAGGAACAAAAGAGUAAUACCGUUAGAUCCCGCAUCAAGCCAAGGGACGCCUCCUCUCAAUAUAUCGAUUUAAUCGUUAGGGAGACAAUAUCUGGUCGUUAUAUCGAUUGGCAUUUCAUUAGUAACGAUACAAGGUUUGAAGAUGUGGAUAUAGAUGAUGAAUUGAUAGAAGAUUCCGAUAACCAUGCUGUCAGAGAUGCUAUACGUAGGAAGUACCCUACACUUCUGGAGUUAAUAGAAUCAUUGGGAGCAGAUCUAAGUUUGCUUCAAGAGGAUAAACCUUUGACUAGAAAACGAGAUUAUGAUUCAUUAUCUGAAAUGACACCAGUUGAUUCUAUGAUGAGAGCCAUUGGAUGUUAUCAAGACGAUAAACAGUUUAUCAAAUACCUGUUGUGUUUUAUACUUGACAGGAAAAUUUGGGAGUCUCAAGAUUGUGAUGACGAUUGGUGUUCUCAAAUGUUGGAAUCUGUAGGUGAUGAGCAAAUUAUCGAUUUCUAUUUAUCACUCGUAGAUCCCAAAGACUAUUUCAUGCAUUACAGAUUAUCAAGAUGUAUAUCACGAUUACAAUCACCACUAAUACACCGAAUAAUCCGUCCAAUAACCAUUGAAGAAGAAUUUACCCAGUUGAUAGAAGAUAAAAAUUACGAAUCCCUACUGUAUUUUACAUUAUUCGUCUAUGGAUCGCAUGAGAUGCCAUUCGGACCUUCUUCGAGGACUCAGUAUUUCAAGGAUUGUGUGGAAGACAUGUGUAAUGAGGGCACAAACGCCGUAGAAUUAUCACUGCUGAGAGGUUUACUAAGUCUUUUCCUAAAGAUACGAAUAUCUUAA